GAACUUUUGAAAGAGUAUGCCGCCACAUCGCCAGAGAAUGCAACUCAGUGGUCGUAUCUGUUGGUUAUCGCUUGGCUCCUGAACACCCUUAUCCAGGGCAAUAUUUUGAUUGUCUCAACGCUACCUUGCACUUUAUGAGGAAUUUAAAAGAGUAUCAUGUGGAUCCUACCCUCAUCAUCCUUGGUGGUGACAGCUGUGGAGCUAAUUUUGCUACAGUUAUUUGCCAACUACUACUGAAUAAAAGAGAUCUUCCAAAAGUACGAGCCCAGAUCUUGAUUUAUCCAGGACUCCAGGGAAUAGAUUUUCAAUUGCCUGCCUAUCAGCAGAAUGCUUCAGUCCCCAUGUUGUUUCGGAAGCUGGUCAUUUAUUUCUGUUUUCGUUAUCUUAAUAAAAAGCCAUCAUAUUUGGAUGAUAUCAUACAGAAUUGUCAUGUCCCUGAGAGUAUGAAACUGAAGUAUAAAAAAUGGGUAAGUGCAGACAAUAUUCCCAGUGAAUUUAAGAUCCGAGGCUACAAACCACAAAAAAACAGUUCAUAUAAACCUGAAGUUUAUGAAGCGAUCAAGGAAGUAUUCGCAAUGACAUUUUCCCCACUUCUAGCUGAAGAUUGCAUUAUUUGCCAGCUCCCUGAAUCUUAUAUUGUGACUUGUGAGUUUGAUGUGUUAAGGGAUGACGGACUGUUAUACAAGAAGAGGCUAGAAGAAAACGGUGUCCAAGUAACCUGGUAUCAUUCCGAGAGCGGUUUCCAUGGACUUUUAUGCUUUUUUGGCUAUGGGAUUUUUUCAUUUUUAUCUGCAAAAAAACUUAUGGAUAACACUGUGAAUUAUAUAAACAGUUUAUAA